UGGGGCGCGGGGCCGCAUCAGGCCCGCCCCAGGCUGAGGCGCCGCCGCGCUGGCCGGCAGGCUUCCAUACGCGGUUAGGGAAAGGCCGGACUGAGCUGUUCUGAUCCGAACCACCUUCCUUGGCCCUCGCGGCGGGAAGAGCCUAGCUGCCGACUGAAAUAAAAGCUUCAGGGGUCUCGCUAGCGGCAUCCUGGGUGGGAACCGGGACGUUCCUGCCCCAGCCGGGGCUGUAACGCGCAGACAGUGCGGGCUGCGGGGCUGUGCUGCCCGCCUGGCCCGCGGCCCCGGGAGCAGGUGCUGCUCCCAGGGGCCGGGUGGUCCGGAGCCCCGGGAGCUGCGCCGGGACUGACCAAUGGUCUGCGUGUAGGAUGAGGAGAUCGCUGCUCGGUUUUGUGCCUCACAGCCUCCAAAAAUAGCUGGCCCUGAGAAACCGUUUUCAGGUGGAGCGUUUCCUCUGUGAGGUGUCCUAGAUUUCGGUGGGAGAAGAGGCUGCUUCUCCUUUGCCUUUUCUGGAAGCAAAAAAGUGAUUGCCAUCACCAAAGGUGUAUAGCAACGGGAGGCCGUGAGCAGUAACAAGACACUGUUGGCUGCCAGGUUUGCACGCCUUGUUUUCCUGCGCAAAGUACAAAGUUUUGCGAGAGAUCAGAGGUUUGAACUUCAGGCAGUAGAGCUGGUUAAGCUGUGAACUCAGGCCGGGUCAGGCACUUUUUUGCUGUUUAUAUUGUAUUAAAACAAUGAGGCUGCUCAUCUAACGUGAAGAGCAGUUAGCAGGAUCAAGAGUCGCUCAGAUGCUUUUUCCAGUGUAACUAGUAACGUUACCAGACAGGGUUUGUGACAAAUCAUAAGAUCAGAGAGUAAUUUAGGCUGGAAGGUGCCUCAAAGCAGGGCUGACUCAAAGUUGCACCAAGUUGCCUGGGGCCUCCUCCAGCCCUGACAUGACAUUAGGAGCUCCUGGGUGUGAGCACACAGCUUCCUGAAAGGCUGGUUACAAGUAACCUGUGUGCACAGCUGAAAGCCUUGAGAGGAAUUUGGCAGGAUGAAGCCUGUCAUUGUGGUGCAUGGUGGAGCUGGCCGAAUCUUUAAAGAGCGAGAAGAGGGAAGUCGUGCUGGUGUUGUCAGAGCUGCGCUGCGAGGCUAUGGUAUCCUGAAACAGGGAGGCAGUGCCUUGGAUGCAGUUGAGGAGGCGGUACGGUCAAUGGAAGAUGAUCCUCACUUUAAUGCAGGCUGUGGAUCUGUUCUAAAUGAAAAAGGUGAAGUAGAAAUGGAUGCCAUUAUCAUGGAUGGAAAAAAUUUAGACUCUGGAGCAGUAUCUGCAGUUAAAUGUAUAGCAAACCCAAUAAAACUUGCUCGACUUGUCAUGGAAAAGACGAAGCACAUGCUGCUGAGUGACCAUGGUGCACACCUGUUUGCUCAGGCCAUGGGUGUUCCUGAGAUUCCAGGGGAGAAACUCAUAACUGAGAGAUCCCGGGAGAGAUGGAAGAAGAACCUUGAACCAGAUUCCAACCCUGAAGAGUUUCAGAAAGACCUUGGAACAGUCGGUGCUGUUGCUAUAGACAGUGAAGGAAAUGUAGCUUGUGCAACAUCCACUGGAGGACUCUCUAAUAAACUGGUUGGCCGUGUUGGUGACACAGCAUGCAUAGGAAGUGGAGGUUAUGCUGAUAACUGUUCUGGUGCCACUUCAACCACAGGACAUGGGGAGAGCAUUAUGAAAGUGGUCUUAGCCCGACUGAUCCUCUAUCACAUGGAACAAGGAUUGUCACCAGAGGUGGCUGCUGACACUGCAUUGGACUACAUGAAGACACGAGUUGGGGGCUUGGGGGGUGUCAUUGUUGUUAACAGUUCAGGAGAGUGGGCAGCAAGGUUCUCCACCAAGCAGAUGUCCUGGGCUACGGUAAAGGAUGACCAGUUGCAUUAUGGGAUUUAUGCUGGGGAAAGGCACACAAAAUCUGUUGAUGAAGCACUUGCAUCUGAAAGGGAGGGAUUCUGAGAAUGAAGAAAGGUGGACUAAGGAGGAAUGAAGACGUCCAGUUUUUCUGGAGGAUGAUGACAGUUGAUUUCAUCUUUUCAAAAGAUCUGUACUCUUGAUUGGUUCACAGGCAUUGCCACAUUUACAGUCAAAAUGAAACCUAGACAUGGUUCUUCAGUGGUCAUGGGUAUAUGUAUAGCGUUUAUUAAUACCUUCAGGGAGUCAGGAGAUCCUUCUAUUCUAGAUAAGAAAGAUAAUGGUUGGUAGGUUUCUUGGUUACAGACCAAAACAAAGUAGGCUACAAUAUUUCCAAGUAUAUGUGGACAGUUAAUAGGAAGAAUAUUAUUCACUUAAUAUCUGGGGUAGUAGUAAAGAAGGUCAUGGUUUCAAUAAAUAUCGCUAAACCAGCAAUCCUUGCUAAUCAAAUACAAAGGUUAUAGGCACCUUUUAAGUCUAAACAUGUUACAGAGAGACAAUGAUUAACUGGAAAAAUAAUGAUCUGAAAUCAAGUGAUAAAAGCAAGCUGUACUGAAAUAAAAUAAAAUUGCCUCUUCA